GGGCCUGGCCCAUAAUAUCGUGCAGAAGGUCUUUCUAGUUUCUACCAUGAGCUUUCCGCAUCCUCAGUGGAAGGUAUCUGUAUCUGUAUGGCGAGCAGUGCGAUGCAGCGGUGCGGCAUAGCAGCCACUGCAAGGUGGUUGAUGGCGUCCUCGACGGCGUCUGGAGGAGUAGCUUUACCUACGGUGUGCGGGCGAGGUGACAAGAAGACGAAGAAGGGGAAGAGAUUCAAGGGAUCGUACGGUAACGCUAGGCCGAAGAAGGAGAAGAUGAUAGAACGCAUCAAGGACAAAGUCGAAGUCCCCAGGUCCACUCCUUGGCCUCUCCCUUUCAAGCUCAUUUGACUGCUGCAUCUACUUUCUAGGGUUUUGAAUUAUGUUCUUCCUGCUUUGGGGUAACAAUAAGUAAAUUACUAGAUUAGCCUCAUAUCCGUGUGAGGGAGGUUCGGGUAUGAGAAGCACAUUUCCUUCGUCCGCCGCGUCGCCAGGUCCAGCUUCGUCGUUCGCUGCUGCUAGCUUCUCCGCGUCACAUUGUUGCUCCCUCUCCUUCAUACUCUGCUCGUUCGAAGGGUACCAAAGAUUAGUUAAUUUUUCUUGCUUACUUUUUUUUUUUUAAUCAGUUCAUAAAAAAAUGUGAUUUGGUUAAUUUAGUUUUUAAUGUGUUCAGAAUGAUUUAGUAAAGAAACAAUUAGUUAAUUUUGUGUAUGUUUUGAGCUAUGAUAUCUUAUAAUAUGUCGUCUGUCGCUCUCCCUCAAA